AUGGAGACUCAUACACUAGAGCUUUAUUCCGAUCAGCCUCCAGUUCACAUUGCAUUAUUCCAGAAUGUGACGAAUACUGCCGAUUUGCGGAAACGACUCGUUCAGCAGGAUCCUACCUUGUCAUGCGCUCUAGUCAAUGCCGCGCUUGUGAUAAACCGCACGCAUGCCCUCGCUGCAUGUAAUCGUGCUGUCCAUGAUCAUCUCAACAAACAACUCAAAACGCACAAUAUCCACUCGGAGAUCGUGUUUGACUUUUCACCUGCUAUACACAUUGCUCAAGCUUUACGACGAUUUGGUAUUGAAGACGAGACCCAAGAUGUCUUAGUGAUCAAAAUAGGCACUACAUCAGAAGAGGCGCAAGAGUUUUUGCAGGCAAACAUCCAAGGCACGCUUGUAUCGCUUGAUGACCUUGAAAAGGUCCGUGAUUUGAAACGUAUCAAAAAGUAUUAUCAAGUUGGCGGCACGGACGAUAUAAAUACCAUUUUUGAUUUGGUGAUGGGCGCAAUGGCAUUGAAAGGAAUUUAA